AUGUCUGUUAGAGCAGCCACACAUGCUGGGUCUUGGUUCUCUGGAAACAAGACCACCUUAAGCAAACAAAUAGACCAACUGGUUGCCGCAGUUAAAGAUAAGCAUCCCGAGUUCCCGAUCCCUGGAGCUCGAGUUCUUGUUGGGCCCCAUGCUGGAUAUACUUACUCUGGUAAAACGCUUGCCGAAACUUAUAGUGCUUGGGACACCUCCAAAGUUAAACGAGUCUUUAUUUUAGGUCCUUCGCACCACGUCCUUUUUAGAGGCGCAGGACUUACAGAAUUUGCUGCUUUUGAUACUCCUCUCGGGAAGGUGCCCGUUGAUACUGAAUGCGUCAACGAGCUUCUCAAAAGCCGUCUUUUUACAAUAUUUGAUGAAGAAGAUGAUGAGCGUGAGCACAGUAUAGAGCUCCACUUGCCUUUUUUGUUCAAAGCCUCUGAAAAAUCUCCAAACGGUGUUCCAUCUAUAGUCCCCAUUGUUAUUUCCAGCACUACUCCCUCUUAUGAAGAAGAACUGGGGAAGUUCCUUUCUAAAUAUGUUAGCAACGAAGAAAAUGCCUUUGUUAUUUCCUCCGACUUUUGCCACUGGGGCCUCAACUACGGAUACACGGCAUACACACCUUCUCCAGAUGUUGAAGAGGUGGUGGCACUAGGCAAAACCCGCUCGCGAUCCCGCUCCAGCCACCCCGACCUUCCCCAUGGCGAAGUUUCUGAUAAAACACCCAUUUAUAAGUCCAUUGAAUACCUCGACCGUAAAGCCAUGGAAGUUUUAUCGACAGGAUCUAUUGACCAGUGGAACGAGUAUAUGGAUCUUACCGAAAACACAAUUUGUGGGCGCCGGCCGUUCUCCUCGCUCCUCCAUUGCCUCAACUCGGCUUCAAAGAAAAGGUUACCCAUGAAUGGGUUUGCAUCUGAACAUGAGCGCGAUACCUGGGGCAAGUUACAAUGGAUUGGGUACGCACAAAGCGGAAAGGUACACAGUCUCAAGGACUACAGCGUUAGUUAUACCAGCGGAUAUGCUGUCAUUUAG